AUGAAGAUUCAUCUCUUUUUCUUUAUUCUGCUCUUUUGGGUCACAAUUUUACCAGGAUUACCUCUUCACAUCAGUUGCAUAACCUGGCCCUGUAAAACGUUUUGUGAUGACGAUGAGUAUGAUUAUGGAUACUGCAUUAAAUGGAGAAAUCAGUGCUGCAUAUAA